AUAGAUGCUGACGGUACACCACGGUCCACUGUCAGCAUAAAGGGUGGAUGUAUCGAAGGCUUAGAGUGGAACGGGGCAAUGCAUAUUUAUGUGCGUUCAGCUGUUAUCAAAAUUCCUGCUGAAUGGGGGGAGCAAUACGAAACAUUGCCUCCAUGGAUGAAAUAGACGACCGAGAGUGCUAGGUUAUGGAGUUCGAGCGAGUGUCGAUUACAGAAGAAACCGAGCUCUUCAAUGAUGUCUGAGAGGAAAGAAAAGGGGGAAGGGGAUGAGAACGAUUAUUAAUAGGGGCUGGAUCACGAUCAAGGAUUACACCAACAUCAUCAGCAAAAUCCCAUCACCAAACUCUCAAAUCAAGACAAAAAUCAUGACGCUCAAUUGAUUCAGGGGGUACAGACUCUAAAUGUGUAACCUUAAGCCACUCCAGUCAAUUGUGGCUGCAGCAGAAGCUGUCCGACCGAGUCGGAGUCCCCUAUGAGGUCAUCGAUCUGCAGCCACCCAAAAUGCCCCCCACCAAACCCCCACCCAUAGCCCUACGCUGGCGCUCCAACACCCUCUUCAUCAUCGCCACCGUCGCCGUCGGGCUGUUCACAGACCUCUUCCUCUACGGCCUCGUCGUGCCCGUGCUGCCCUUCAUGCUGCAGAACCGGCUCUCGAUCCCCCAACCCGAAAUCCAGUCCUACGUCUCCAACCUGCUCGCCGCCUACGCCGGCGCCUCCGUCCUGUCCUCCGUGCCGGCCGGCUGGGCCGCCGACCGGACGAGCUCGCGACAGGCCCCCUUCCUCAGCGGCCUGGCCGCCCUGCUCGCGGCGACGGUGAUGCUCGCCUUCGGGCGCAGCCUCGGCGUGCUGUUCGCCGCGCGUGUGCUCCAGGGCGUCAGCGCCGCCGUCGUCUGGACCAUCGGGCUCGCCAUGGUCCUCGAUACCGUCGGCCCGGCGCACCUGGGCAAGGUCGUGGGCACCGUGUUCAGCUUUAUCUCGGUCGGGGAGCUGAUGGCGCCUGUGAUCGGCGGCGUGCUGUACGAGCGGACCGGGUACGGCGGCGUGUUUGGCGUCGCGGCGGGGGUGCUGGGUUUGGAUUUCGUCAUGCGGUUGCUGGUUAUCGAAAAGAAGACGGCCGCGAAGUACGAGGGGAGCGUGUUGCCGGAUCGGGACGUGGAUUCUGGGUCCCGAAGGGACAGUGGUGGUGAUGAUCGCGACGAAGAGACUCCCACUGAGAGCGACGCGUUACUACCGAACAAGAACCAAGAUUGCUCCUCCUCCUACAAAAUCCACAACCCCCCAAACCGACUGACCCGCACCCUCCCCAUCCUCCUCUGCUUCCGGAACCCGCGCCUCCUCGUCGGCUUCAGCCUAGCCUUCGUGCAGGCCUCGCUCCUCGCCGUCUUCGACGCCACCAUCCCGACCGAAGCGUCGUCCCUCUUCGGCUUCACCUCCCUAGAUGCCGGCCUCCUGUUCAUCGCCCUCGACGUGCCGUACCUAAUUCUCGGCCCCGUGGCCGGGUGGGCCGUAGACCGGUACGGCACCAAGCUCGCGUCCGUGCUGGGCUUCGCGUACCUCGUGCCCUCUCUCGUGCUCCUACGCUUACCUUCCGACCGCCUGCUCGCCGGGACGAGCAACGUGGUGCUGUACUGCGCUUUGCUAGCGCUGAAUGGCGUCGGUCUAGCCGUGAUCGGGUCCCCCAGCGUGGUCGAGACGAGUUACGUGGUGCAGGAGUACGACCGUGCCAACCCGGGCUUGUUCGGGGCUAACGGCCCUUACGCCCAGCUGUACGGGUUUAACUCGUUAUUUUUCUGCGCCGGGCUCACCGUCGGUCCCGUUGUCGCCGGCGCCCUCCGUGACGGAGUUGGUUAUGGUAAUAUGAAUCUUGUAUUUGCUAUUUUAUCAGGCGUUACCGCCACAGCUUCAUUUUUCGUCAUUGGCGGGAAACCCCACUGGAGUUUCCCUCAAGGUCUAUGGAAAAGGGGCAGGGCAAAUUAAGCAGGCGGGGUUUUCAUCUCAUAUCGGGCCCUUUCAAGGACGAUACUAUAGAAUUACAUCUCAUUACAACCAUAGUAAUCUCACUUCGAUACAUCAUAAACAGCCAUGCGCACCGAAGACCCGCUCAUUUGACUGCUACUAUUCACUCAUAUCCAUCAUCACGAUAGCGUGCCAUCAACAAACGCUGAGAAUAUGUGAACGAGAGCUGUGAUUAUCUAUUUAACCGGU